UUACAUACAUAAAUAUAUACAUCUAUAUAAAUAGCAAUAGAUAUAAAUAAUCGAAGACAACCGCCUAUCAGUUGGAAAAGUGAAUCAUGGUCUACAAAUGGGUUCAAUCGUCGGCGUAUUCGUCGAUACCGCCAAACGCCAUUGUGGGUGGCAACGAUGAGGACGGCGCCAUGAUCUAUGUGGGCCGGGCGGAGCACGAGGGCGACAUGCUCGUCUGCAAGGUGAUGCCAUCGAAGCAAAUCGGCUAUAUUUCGCAACGGGGCGAGGCUCUGCCCAAGGACAUAUUCGAAAUACUGUGCGGCGAGAAUCUGGUGUGGGUCAAGUGCUACGACCACGUGAUACCCGAGACGGCGGUGCUCUGCGGUCGCACCAGCCUCGAGCAGCCGGUGUACAUUGGCCGUGGGCAUUACGAGGGUCACCUGAUCAUCGGCAAAAUAUCCUCAGUGCAUCGCGCGCUCUUCAUAGCCUAUCGCGGUGCGGAGCGACGUUUGGAUUCGUAUGAGAUAUUGAUAGAGGAGCGAGGCGCCACGCCUGGCUGGCAGCUGCCCCCACCACCGGAUGCAUUGGAGUUGGCCGAGAAGUGUCCACCGACACCGCCACCGCCACCGCCACCAGCGGUGCUGGCUAAGCCGCCAGUGGCACGCAAGCCGUAUCCCUAUCCGCCGGACUUUGAUACGUCCGCUUUCUCUCUGCAGGACAGACCGCCACAGUAUACGCCCAUGCCGAUGCCCUCGCACAGCACAGUUCCGUAUCCAGCAGCAGCAGCACCACCACAACCACUACCACCGCCAGCAGUUCCAGCCAUGGCACCACCAACGCCCAGCAUCUUGCCGGAGUAUAAGCGCCCGCUGGCUGUGCCAGUGCCCAUUCCGGCCAAGCCCUACGGCAUGCCACCUUCGUAUACUCCCGCUGCCGUCGCACCACCCAGCACCCACCAUGCGGCCACCAUUGUGCCCGCGGAGACAUAUAAGCCGCCCAUGAGCGUGGAUCCCUAUGGGCCCAGCUGCUCCAGCUACACGCCCGCCGUGUGCGCCCCAGCCGCAACGACCAGCUACGAUCUGUGGAUGGCCGCCAGUCCUGGCUAUACUCCGCCAGAUGCCGUCUAUGGUGGCCACGAUACCGACAUGGCACCGCUGCUCGUCUGUCGCGCCUACUACGAUGGCUCCCAUAUACCGGGCAAAGCGGCGCCGAGCCGGGGCUGCGCCUACAUCACACAUGCCGGCCGGGAGCUGGUCGAGUCGCGCUACGAGGUGCUCAUCGGGCAGGCGAAAUACCAUUGGGUGCCCGGCUACGAUGGCAGCAUUGCGGCCGGCGCUGUGGAGGCGGGUCGCGCCUUCAAUGGCGAGCCUCUGUACAUUGGCCGCGCCCACUACUGCGGCAGCCUGACGCCGGGCAAGAUACAGCAAUCGCAUCGCUGUCUGCACAUUCCGUUCGGCGGGCAGGAGGUGCGCAUCACCAGCUACGAGAUACUCGUACGCAGCGACAUCUAUCAUCGUCAGCAGGCCAUCAAUCUGAGCUAUUGAGUUGGGGCAGGAGGAGAGUAUAUAUAUAUUCAAGAGCAGCUACCUCAAAAAGAGACAUAGAGGAAUGAAAUAUAAGAGUAGUCAAAUAAGAGAAAAAUCAAAAGAAUAAUAAAUAUCUAUUCAUAAAAAUCUAUCUAUAUAUUUGGUUCCAAAAGCACAUACAUAUAUUUCAAUUUUAAAUCAACAUUACCUAAUUUCAAUUACUAAAGACUAAAGAAGAGAUGAGUAAAGAGCAGAGCUCCCUUAUUCUAUUACCUAAAAUCAGAAGACAAUCUAAUUGUUUAAAUUGCUCUAUACUCUAAAGGGAUCUAUAAGAAAUAUAUUUUCUUUAUGAAAUAGGACCAACAUGUCUAACACACCUCUUUACGAAAAACUAUCUAAAAUAUAUUGUAUGUUAGGUAUUUCUAUAAACUGCUCUCAUAUAACUCUAAAAUCUACUACAAAAUGUUUUUUGUUACUAUAAAAACGAAACUGAAAUAUUUGAAAUUGUAAAUCCAUCCAUAUAUUGCCAGGCAGCUAACUCCAAAGAGCGAUUGUACCUUACUAUAAAGUUGCAAUUGUAUAUACCUAUAUAUACUAUCAUAUAAACAUGUUACCAUUGUACAUACAUAUUUAUAUUCAUAUACAAUAUAUAAUGAAAUAAACAUAUUUAUUUUGAAUGGGAAACAUCUGAAACGUCUUCAACGUUCCAUGUUUUUCUAAAGUUUUUA